AUGCUCUCGGGCCCGCAUCAAAAAAGUGUUGGAGGCACGAUUGUCACGCAUGCUGUGUCUAAGACGGUGGCUCCAAAGUCAACGCAGAAGGCGGAUCUGGAGAAAAUUUUCAUAGCACAAAGGGAAUCAGAGGUGUCGCAAGUCCUGGCAUUACGGCAAAAACAGAGCCUGGAAUUGGUCCAGAUCAUGUUGAAUGCAUCUAUUGGGUCUCUAUUCUAUUUACGAGGCUUCCUCCCAUCCACCUGUUUCGAGACGCGCUAUCUGGAAACUAAAUCCGAUUUACCCAUUGCUUAUGGGGAUUUUAUUGGCCCUGAACCCAAAGCAAAAGUACAGAAAGGUAGCCAACCCCUCAGAGUUCUAUUGAGAAACAGAGACGCUAUUGCAAAUACAGUCUUGGAUCUCUUGGAAGGUGGGGUCUUUGACGCCCUGAGGAAACACGUAGUAGAAGCUAUUCAGCUUACUAUAAGCCGUGAUAAAGAGAAACCACUGCAUGUUUUAGAAAGUUACACAUUUACCUUCGCGUAUAAGUUUGAAGGUCUGGAAAAGGCCCUCACGAGUGUAUCAUUUUCCAAUGGCAAUUGCUCUAUGGAAAUGGGAACAUUUAGAUCCGCGAAAGUAGGGCUAGAGAUGAUCAUCCGCCGCUUGAUAACACUCAGCACCAUUCUUCCUAGUCUCCCUUCUAAACGAUUUCUUCAUGUUCACCUAUUUUACAAUGAGAAUUGUCAACCAGAAUAUGAACCACCUGGUUUCGAGAGUACUGAGUUCGAAUGCAUUUCUUACCCACAAAUUGAAAAUUGGACCAAAGAAACGCAGUCGUGUGGCAGUAUGGAUGGCCCUUAUCAUAGAGUUGGGUUAAGAGUAACUUCUUUAAGGUGGUCUGGGACUGGUGAUAACGAAAUCCCAGAAAAUGUUGAGUAUUCUGAUCAGGUCUUCCGAGAUUGGGAUAUUGGUAUCGACAACAAUACCGAAUCUGCGGAUAAGCUCGAUAGGCACUCCAAGUGUGAUUUUCAAGGCUUAAUGCUCCCGACAUUGUCCUUGCAUGUUCCAGCUGCCCCUAAUAAUGACACCGGAAAUUUAGACGUACCAGCAUCCCCGUGCGAGUUCAGUCAAGCUCUCAAGGAUGAAGCAGACAAAAUGGCACUGGAAAAGAUGGUAAGUAAAAAAGAAAGUAUGAUCUCUGGAGACCCAUCAGUAGCUAAUCUUUAUUCUGAGCUGGAACCAUCGAGUAUUGACUCUGGUAUGGCACCAACUCAGAAAGUCUUCGACUUGAAUUUGAACGAUAGCGCUCUUGCUGUAAAACCCCAGCUUUCUCAACUGAAAGCAACUAAAAUUAGGAAAGAAAGGAAUUUGUCCCCAAUAGAGCGAAUUGUAGUCGAUAACAACAGCCUGACCAGCACAAUUGGCGUGGAUUGCCAAUGCGGAUGGGGUGGGGAAGAAGAGCAAAUGAUAAGCUGCUACUUUUGCGAAGCUUCACAGCAUUUAGGCUGUUACGGUUUUUCCAAUAAUCAAGAUAUAAGGAUUCCAGAUAAACAUGCAUGUUAUAAAUGCCUUUUGCUACCAGACGAAAAAGAAAUACUGGAUGAAUUGAACUCAUUAGUUCUUCUGCGACGCGCCAUGCAUAUAAUCUUGAACGAGGGGUAUCAAAAUAGCACCAAGGCUUUUGCAGAAAAGUUGCAUUGCAAUGGCCAAACAAUUGUGCAGAUAACAGACCUAUUAAAAAAGAGGGGAUUUUUGAAAGCCACACCAGGAUCAAAGAGGAAAGGGUUUGCGGGCAGGGGCCUUCCAAGCUUUGUAAUCCCUGAAACUCAAGUUGUUCGUGAACUGAUUUACAAGGAAAUCCUUGAUCCUUUUGCAAAAAUAUCUCACCAUUACACGAUCCCUCGUGUUGCGUGGGCGCCACUCGAUCGGGGCUUAAACGAGUAUAAUACAAUCCAUGCUGAAUUUGGAUCUUUCCGCGACUUAAGGCGUUGCCAUUUGUGGCCUUUGGACGAAAAAUUAAAUUUUACAAGUGAGGACAGCCCAUUGUCCAUUGCUGCAUCGGUGGAUCCGGGCUGCCCUAAGGUGAACAGUCGACAAUGCGUGCCCCUGGUCGGAUUCAAACUCCGGAGCCAGGGUAAAAAGCGAAAGUUGAGCAAUGCCGCGCAAGCUCUUGAUAUUGGCGAGCGCGCCGACCUAGUGGAAGAUGAUAGCAGUUAA